AUGUCAGUUGUAACAUUAAAUAAAGAAUCUCAUAGCAAUCCAGCUAAAUUCAGAAUAAAGUAUAAUGAUGCUAAGGAAGUUUUGAUAGAUGAAAUACAGAAAAAGAAACCGAGUACAGAUUUACCUACUCUUAAAAGCACUUCUAACGUAGCAAUAAUUGGCGGUGGGUUUGCUGGUUUAGCGACAGCCAUGACUUGUUUGAAGGACAUUAAGGAAGAGGACUUUGUCAUUUUCGAAAGGCACGAUAACUUUGGUGGUACUUGGUAUGCAAAUACAUACCCGGGAUGUGCAUCAGAUAUUCCUGCGGUAUGGUAUUCAUUUUUUGAUGAACUCAAUAGUUCGUGGUCCGAAUUACAACCUCCUCAGUAUGAAAUGGAGGCUUACAUUUUAAAAGUUGUGGAGAAACACAAAUUAAGGGACCACGGCAGAUUUCAAAUCUCAAUCAAUAAAAGCGAAUAUGAUGAUAAGAAUGGAACAUGGAAAUUAACGGGCGUGCAUGUGAAGACAGGUCAACGUAUCGAGCAUACGUGUAAGGUUCUUGUUCUGUGUAGAGGCGGGUUAGUUCACCCUCGCCACCUCAAUUCACCUGGCCUUGACAAGUUCGAAGGAACAUAUAUGCACUCUGCAGUUUGGAAUCAUGACGUUUCGUUCAAAGGAAAAGAUGUUGUUGUUGUAGGAAAUGGAUGCUCGGCGAAUCAAGUUAUUCCAUCUUUACUUGAAAGCUAUGAGCCUAAUUCGAUUACUCAAAUAUUUAGAUCGAAGCAUUACAUUAUGCCACCAAUUCCCAAAAUCAUUUAUUACUUUUAUAAACUAUUAUCGUUUUCUCGAUUGGGACUUAUUAUUUGCAGCUUUCUUAUAGCAGCGGUAGCAGAGUCCAGAUUUCCUUUGUACAAAGGAGAAAGCUUUGGCGCUAGAGCCAUUAGAUGGAUCAACACCAAAGAAUCUACUAGGUACAUGAAAUCGAAGUGUCCCAAGCAAUAUCAAAGCAUGCUUAUGCCUGAUUAUAAAAUCGGUUGCAAAAGGUUGGUUUUUGACAAAAAAUAUGUACCGUCUCUUCAUGAUCCUAGGUUGCAUCUCAGCAACGAGCUAAUAGAUCACAUCCAAAAGAACUACGUGGUUUUAAAAAAUGGUCAAAGGAUCAAAGCUGAUAUCAUCGUAGCAUGCACUGGUUAUGACCUUGAAAAGCAUAUAGCGAAUGAUGUCGUCAUAGGAAGAAAUGGUACCGACGUGGUUAAUAUGUGGAACAAGGAAGGUGCAACUGCCUAUGAGACUGUACUUAUAAAAGAUUGCCCCAAUCUUUUUGUCAUUGGUGGCCCUAAUUCCGCCAGUGGACAUUCUUCAGUUGUCUUAGCAAUAGAGAAUGGAUGUACUUUCUUUGGUAAGGUUGCUUCAAAAGUCCUUUCGGGCCAGUACAAAUCGAUAUCAGUGAAGCCAGAAAUAUACUACGAAUGGUUCCGCAAUACUCAAGCAGAAUUAAAGAAGUCUGUUUUUGGAACAGAAUUUGGGGGAUGCGUUCCUUGGUACUCUUCGAAGGGUGUCAAUUCAACAGCAUAUCCUUAUUCUCAGAUUACUUACUGGUGGAGGAUGAGUCACCCCAAAUGGAAAGAUUUGCAGGUAGAACCGAACUCAAAAUCAAACUGA